UCUUGCUCAUGGAGUCCAAAGAUCUUGAACAGAUACUGAAGGAAGUUCAUCACCGCUGGCUUCUCCCCCAUGAAGUUUGUCAAAUCUUGCGCAAUCAUCAAAAUUUCUGCUUGACUCAACAGCUUCAACUCAAACCUCCAGCUGGUUCCAUCUUUCUAUUUGAUCGGAAAGUACUACCAAAUUUCAGUAAAGAUGGUCACCAUUGGAGAAAGAACAAGGACGGUGAAACUGUUAAAGAAGCUCAUGAAAAGUUCACGGCAGGCAGCAUUGAUGUUCUUCACUGUUACUAUGUCCAUGGGGAGGACAACAAGAACUUUCAGAGGCAAAGUUAUUGGAUACUUGAAGAACAGUUGGAGCACAUCGUCCUUGUGCACUACAGAGAUGUAAAAGAGGGUUACAGAGUAGGUGCCUCCCGUCUGCAACCUGUACAUCCAGGGUUAUUGCUUGAAAAUCCUGAAAGUAGUUCCAAGCCUUGCUUUGUAUUAGGCCCAACAUUUCAGAAAUCUCAUACAUCAAGUCCAAGCUUAGUUGACUGGAAAGAACAAGCACUCUCUUCUGAACUUCACAGUGGUGAUUCCAAAGGACUUAUGGAGUUCUCGAGGUCACAGGAGAGGUUUCAGCUCAAUCCACAAGUUAGAGCAUUCAUGUCUUCUGGCUUUCGUAGAUCAGACAGAAAUUUAAAUGUUAUGCUACAGAGAAAGUUCUACUCGGGACACUUUAAUCUGGCUGAUUUGCGGUCCAGUAAACUCACUUAUGCAAGAUUAUAUGCUGGUAAAGCUCUGGCGAACAACAGAAACAGAUUGACAAUUACUUCUGGGGAAGUAUUUGAGGAGAAUAUCCAUGUUGCUCCAGCUCAGAUUCAGAACAUUUCCAGCUCUCAGACAGCUGUUACUCCUGAUGCUGCAGUUAAAACUAGUUCCUUGGAUGGUGGACUCAACAGUUAUGAAGUUGGAAGCCUAAAGAAACUUGAUAUCCUUGGAAGAUGGAUGGAUAGAGAGAUCGGUGGAGACUGCAACAAGUCCCUGAUGGCCUCUGAUUCUGGCAACUACUGGAAUACCCUUGACACUGAUAAUGGGGAUAAAGAAGUUUCCACUUUAUCACGUCACAUGCUGUUGGAAGCUGAUUCCGUAGGCACUUCUCCAUCCCAAAAGCAGCUGUUCAGGAUCUUUGAUUUUUCUCCACAAUGGGCCUUCUCAGGAGUGGAAACAAAGGUUUUGAUUGUAGGUACCUUUCUUAUCCAUGGAAAACAUCUUACCUGUCAGAAAUGGAGCUGUAUGUUUGGUGAAGUUGAGGUGUCUGCAGAAGUUCAGACUCAAAGUAUUCGAUGUCAAGUUCCUUUUCAUGCUCCUGGACGUGUUCCUUUUUAUGUAACCUGCAGCAAUAGGUUAGCAUGCAGUGAGGUGCGGGAGUUUGAAUAUCGUGAAAAAUCAUCAGAACUUGCUCUUGCCCUUCGACCAAGUGAUGAAGUGCGUCUGCAAGUACAACUAGCUAAAUUGCUAUAUUCAGGACUAAACAAAAAAUUCUUGGAUUGCUCCAGUGGAGAGUGUGAAAAAUGUAAAUUGAAGACUCAGUUAUGUUCUUUGAAAUGCAAGACUGGAAAUGCUACUGAAAGAUUAGAGGACUUACUUGCCAUUAUUGAAUGCGAUCACAUCAACUUCAAGGAUGUGCAGAUUCAGAAUUUCAUGAAGGAUAAACUUUAUGAAUGGCUAGUCUCUAGAGCACACGAAGAAGAUAAAGGUCCAAAUAUUUUGAAUGACAAAGGCAAAGGGGUUAUUCAUCUAGUGGCAGCCCUAGGUUAUGAAUGGGGGUUGCUUCCAUUAAUUGCUGCCGGUAUUAGUCCUAAUUUCCGAGAUGCAUGUGGUAGGACAGCUCUUCACUGGGCCGCACGUCAUGGAAGGGAAGAUAUGGUGAUUGCACUUAUCAAGCUAGGUGUAGCUGCUGGUGCUGUUGAUGAUCCAACUACUGCAUUCCCUGGGGGGCGAACCGCUGCUGAUUUGGCUUCUAGUAGAGGUCACAAAGGGAUUGCUGGAUACUUGGCAGAAUCAGAUCUUACUGCUCAUCAUCAAUUAUUGGCUACCAGUAAUAAUGCUUUAGACACUAUUGGUGCUGGGCUUGAAGCUGAAAAGGUUUUUGAAUCUGCAGUUCAAGAGAUUGUUCCUUUGAAUGGGACAAUAGAUGAUGAUGUUUCCUUGAAAGGAUCUCUUGCUUCACUAAGGAAAUCAGCUCAUGCUGCAGCAUUGAUUCAAGCUGCUUUUAGAGCUCGUUCAUUCCUGCAGAGACAGCUUACAGAGAGUAGAAAUGAUGUUUCUGAAGAUUCACUUGACCUUGUUGCCCUGGGCUCCUUGAACAAGGUCCAAAAGGUGAACUGCUUUGAGUACUAUUUACACUCAGCUGCCACAAACAUCCAGCAGAAAUAUUGUGGCUGGAAGGGGAGGAGAGAAUUUUUGAAGGUACACAACCGGAUUGUGAAAAUCCAGGCUCAUGUACGUGGACAUCAAGUUCACAAGCAAUAUAAAAAGUUUGUAUGGUCAGUCAGUAUACUUGAAAAAGGCAUUUUGCGUUGGAGGAGGAAAAAAACAGGAUUACGAGGAUGGCCAGAAAAAACUAGUCAGAAAGGAAUACUAGAGCCUGAGAAGAAGGACGAGUAUGAUUAUCUAAGUAUUGGUCUAAAACAGAAGUCUGCUGGAGUUGAGAAGGCUUUGGCAAGAGUUCAGUCCAUGGUACGUCAUCCAGAGGCAAGAGAUCAGUAUAUGAGGCUGGUUGCCAAGUUUAAAAGUUGUAAGCUGGAUGACGGAGGGAGAGAAGUAAAUAGGUCAUCUUCACCAGUCUAGGUUU